UCCCUCCCUCCCUCCCUUCCAUCCCUCCCUCCCUCCCUUCCAUCCCUCCUCACAACUUGUGUGUUAUUUGUCAAUCUCCUUCUCCCAAAAGUCAUUGUCAUUAUCAUAUAUACUUUCAUUCGUUAACCUAUCCUAACCCACUUGUGUGUUUUUUUUAUUAUUUUUAGUAUUAUCAUUAUUAUAUUUUUUAUAAAGUAGAUCAACCAUCACUUCACAAUGUUAUUCAAAUCUUUACUUUCAACCGCUACCUUAUUAACUUCCCUCGUAUCUUCAGUUAAAGCUGAUGAUCUUCCUCCUAUUGAAAUCGUUGGUAAUAAAUUCUUUUAUUCAAAUAAUGGUUCUCAAUUUUAUAUGAAAGGGGUUGCUUAUCAACAAAAUCCUGUUAAUACCACUAAUGCUUUCGUUGAUCCUUUAGCUGAUCCAGAAGGUUGUAAAAGAGAUAUUCCUUAUUUAGAAGAAAUCCAAACCAAUGUUAUCAGAGUUUAUGCUUUAAAUGCUUCUCAAGAUCAUUCUGAAUGUAUGGCUUUAUUAAAUGAAGCUGGGAUUUAUGUCAUUGCUGAUUUAUCUGAACCUGAUUUAUCCAUUAAUAGAGAUACUCCUGCUUGGACUGUUGAUUUAUUCGAAAGAUAUACUGGGGUUGUUGAUGAAUUCCAAAAUUAUACUAAUAUCUUAGGUUUCUUUGCUGGUAAUGAAGUUACUAAUGCUCCAAAUAAUACUGAUGCUUCUGCUUUCGUUAAAGCUGCCGUUAGAGAUACUAAAGCUUAUAUCAAAGCCCAAGGUUAUAGAGAAAUCCCUGUCGGUUACUCUGCCAAUGAUGAUGCUGAUAUUAGAGUCCCAUUGGCUGCUUAUUUCGCUUGUGGUGAUGAUGAUGAAAGAGCUGAUUUCUUUGGUAUUAAUAUGUAUGAAUGGUGUGGUAAAUCUUCUUUCACUUUAUCCGGUUAUUCCAAUAUUACUGCUCAAUAUGCUAAUUUAAACAUUCCAUUAUUCUUCUCUGAAUAUGGUUGUAACUUAGUUCAACCAAGACUUUUCCAAGAAGUUGGUACUCUUUAUGGUGAUCAAAUGACUGAUAUUUGGUCUGGUGGUAUUGUUUAUAUGUAUUUCGAAGAAGUUAACAAUUAUGGUUUAGUUAGUCUCUUAUCAGAUGGUUCAAUCUCAACUUUAGUUGAUUUCAAUAAUUUACAAACUCAAUUAGCUUCCGUUACUCCAUCAAUUGCAACUGCUGCUGCUGAAUCUUCUGUUUCUUUAUCUCCAACUUCUUGUCCAGCUCUUGGCAUUAACUGGCAAGCAAACUCUACUUUACCUCCAACUCCUGAUGCUGAUGUUUGUUCUUGUAUGGUUGAUUCUUUAAAUUGUAUUGUUUCUUCCAAUGUUAAUGCUGAUGAUUAUGCUGAUCUUUUCAAUUAUGUUUGUUCCGUCAUUGAUUGUUCGGGUAUUAGUGCUAAUGGUACCACCGGUCAAUAUGGUAGUUUCUCUCCAUGUUCUGCUGAAGAUCAAUUAAAUUUCGUUCUUAAUCUUUAUUACUUAGAAAAUGGUUCUAAUAAUGCUGCUUGUUCAUUCUCUGGUUCUGCUACCAUCAAGAGUGCUGCUACUGCUUCAUCUUGUGUCGCUGUCUUAAGUUCAGCUGGUGUUUCUGGUUUAGGUUCAGUUUCAGUCACUUUAGGUGGUUCAACUGCCACUGGUAAAUCAAGUUCUGGUUCUGGUUCAGCUUCUGGUUCUCAAUCUUCUUCAUCUUCAACUAGUAGUGGUAAAUCUUCUGAUGCUCCAAAACAAGCUGCCAUUAGUGCCGUCACUAAAGUUUUACUUGUUGGUGUUUCCAUCUUCUUUGGUAUGGGUAUGAUCCUUGCUUAAUUGGAUUAACCCCCAUCCAUCCAUUCCCCCCCCCUUAUCUCUCUUCUUCAAAAAAAAAUAUUGGACAAUUCUCCAUUUUUAUAUAUCUUUUUUAAAAAUCAAAAAAAUAAUUUUCCCAAAACAUUUAUGAAUUAGUUUAAAUAACUUAAUUCACUUAAGUUUUAAAUAUUAUUAUCCUUUUUUGUAUAUCACUUUAUUAUUAUAUUAUUAUUCCUUUUUAUUUUUUAUUUAAGUUUGGAUCAAAUCAAUCUCCUUAUAUACUUUUUUUCAAUUUUAUAAAUACAUAUAUAUAUACAGUUAUUCCCUCUAGAAAUUAGACAAUAAAUAUCUAUGUGAUUGAUUGAUUGUUAAG